AUGGUAUUUCAGAAAUUCAUCGCUCAUGAGGUCUCGGAAAUGGUACUGUCUCUCACAAACAAGGACAAGGUAAGUGCUGGGACGUGGAGCUUCAAGACUGUGCUGAAUGAGGAGAGUGGUGUAAUUCCCACAGUGUACAGCAAAGCGAGUUAUCUGCUGCAGCACAUGCAGAAGAAAAUGUCGCAGGUGGAAAUCUUUGUGUGCUGGGAAUUCUCCACUGACUUUGGCCAUGCAUUGAUGUUUACUCGGCUGGUGAAGGUCUACAUGGAGAGAUCACCUUAUUUUGAGCUGUUGUGCCCCAAUGAUGCAUACCGCAUCAUCCCACCAGGCACAUCUUCCCAUGUGCGCAUCCGCUUCACCCCCGACGAGACCAAGGAUUAUUCCCACGAACUCAUCUGUCUCACUGCAAGGGACAGGAUAGUUGUGCCUAUUCAGGCCAUUGCUGCCCAAGCUAUCCUGGACUUCCCUGACCAGCUGGACUUCUCAGAGUGCCCAGUCAAGUACAGCAGCCAGAAGACUCUGCUGGUUCGCAAUGUUGGUAACGUGGAAGCUCAUUACCAGCUGAGCACCCAGAGUCCUUUCUGCGUGGUUCCAGACAGGGGAACUCUGGCCGCUGGUGACACCAUGCAGGUGACAGUGGGAUUUCACCCGCUGACGGUCGGUGACCAUUCCGGGUCCCUGGUAGUGUGCUGCAACACAGGUGAGUGUAUCUGCACAAACCUUCACGGAGAAGCUGUAGAUGUCAACGUUGGGUUGAGCGCCAAUUCCGUGAAGGUUGAGAACACUUUCAUCACCACAUCAAACUACACAACCGUGCUCAUCGAAAACAGGAGUAACAUCACAGCCCACUUCCAGUGGAAGACUUUUCCUACUGAGGAAGAUGAGAAUAAACUGAAGAGAAGGCAGUGCUAUUUUCUGCAGCCACUGACAGAGGUAUCGCUGGAAAACUUCAUUGAGGAGAAGAAUAUAGAGCAGGAGAAGGGCUAUUGUGAAGAUAACACUGCCCUUGUGAGCCACACAGUCCAGGAGGAGAUGGCAAAGGUGAAAGAAGACCCCAUGCUGUUCUCCGAUGACAUUUUUUCCAUUGAACCAGUGGAGGGAGAAAUUGGGCCGAACUGUUGCACCAAAAUCAAGGUGACCUUUAAACCUGUAGAAGCACUGGAGUAUCGAAGUGUGGCUUACUGCAACAUCUCAGGCCGAGAGAGCAGGCUGCCCCUGCACCUCAUAGGGGAAGGCCAAGGACCCUUCGUUGAACUCAGCUCUCAUACACUGAACCUUGGGAACAUUUUUGUCAACACCCCCUACGUCUAUGAGGUGAAACUGAUUAACCAAGCACCUAUUGAUGCUCCCUUCACCUAUAUCUGUACAACUGCAAACGUGGGCUACUGCUUCAAGUUUGCACCUGAGGAGGGCAUCAUUGCACCAGGUGGGAUCCAGACCAUCCAGAUCUCCUUCAAUGCCACCGUACUGGGGAGGUUUGAGGAAGAAUUCCAGUUCAGUGUGGCUGGAUCUCCUACGCCUGCAAUCCUGACAAUCAAGGGACAUGUCUGUGAACCGACUGUACACUUCAACGUCGAUGAGCUCGACUUCGGUGACAUUUCCUUUGGCUUUCCCUACACCAUGACCUGUCGCCUCACUAACCCCUCCCCAGCAUCCCUGAGGUUCAAGCUCCGCAUGUCUGACGAUGGCACUCAGCCUGCUCAUGAAAAAAGAACUGGAGGAUAUCACACGUGGGUGACCCUGUGUUCCAACACCGUGAUGGAUUUCUGCCGGAGAAUGCUGGUGGACCUGGAGGGUAUUGGCAAUGGAGUGGCAUCAGUGACCAUCAUGGCCAGAUGUCUCGUUCCUGAGCUGCGAGUGUACCCUCACGUCCUGCUGUACGACGAGUGCCGCCUCAAGGUGCCCUACGAGAGGAAGUUCCUCGUUGUGAAUAACACCGACCUUCCUGGCUGCUACGGGCUUAUUCCCCAGAAACGCAAGGAGGACACUCCUGUGUUCUACUCCAGCCCCAAACCCUGUGGGAUUGUCCAGCCUCACAGCAUCGCAGAGAUUCCAGUUACAAUCGAAGUCCAAACAUUGGGCGAGCAUCGCACCAGUGUUCUUAUCAGCGUGUUUGGGGAUGAGAGAAACCCACGGGCCUGCAAACCCCACUGCUAUGUCAUUGAACCCAGAGAAGGAGUGAUCCCCGCUACGGGUGAUAUUCCUGUGACCAUCACAGCAACCUUGGAUGACACUGGGAUUUUUGCUGACACUAUUCAGCUUUUCAUUGGGAACAGCCUUUGGACCACCUUCAUGUUGCUGGCUGUGGGCACCGGCACCACAAUUGUCAUGGACAAACCAUUCGUCCCAGAGCUCAGCUUGGGACACCAGUUCAGGCUCGUUCCCUGUAUUUGUCGGUUCAAAGUAACAAACAGGGGCCACCAUUUCCAUCGGCUCUUCUGGAGUGUGGAAUGUCACAGCCCCCCUAAGAAGAAGGGCCAGAGCAUCCCAGCCCUCAGUAGCCCCCUGGCCGAAGAUGAUUGCCAGAGCCCCAAAGGCACCAGCCCCGUGUUUGGGCUGGAGCCACUGUCGAUGGAGCUGCAGCCGGGCGAGUCUGUGGACAUGGUGCUGCGAGGCUUCUCCCCCAUCGAGCAGCCCUGCACCCUGGAGUUUGGCUGCAUCCUGGCUGGCACUGCAGAAGGGCGUUCUCUGGAGAUAACCAACUGCAGCCCACGGCCUGUCCAGUACCACUGGUCAUUCCAUUCAGACGGCCAGGUGAACAGGCUGAGGUCCCUGUUCAUAGUUACAUUAUUUUCCAGGCAUGAGCGUUGCCCACCUAAGUUCAAACCCCAACCACCAAAGGAGAAGAGAACCUGCUUGGAUUACUCGGCAUCUCAAAGGAGACGCUUCAAGAUUAGAAAUGGGGAGGACCCAGACACAGCCCUCAGAGAAUCGUGGGAUCCUGUCCAGUCUUUAGGAGCAGAGGUUUUCAGUAUCCUGCCGCAGUCGGGUGUGCUGCAGCCAGGAGAGAGACAGAAGGUCUCCUUCAGCUUCUUUGGCCACCUCAACACCAUCGCCAGUGUCACGGCGCUGUGCCAUGUAGAGGGAGGCCCCACCUACGAGGUGGAGCUGACCGGGGAGGCCUCAUGCAUCAGCUACGCCCUGAGCCUCCAGGAGAUCAACUGCGGCUUUCAGAUAUUUAAUGAAAUUCGUCACAGCACAGUCACCCUGGCGAACACUGGCAAGAUUAAAUUCAACUGGGUGCUAAAUCCUAGCACUGCAGAGCAACAUCUGCCUGGCGUGUUUCUGGUCAUCCCCCCCACUGGCUCCGUUGCACCUGGUGAGAAGCAAGUGCUGAAAUUCUCUUACAUGCCAGGAGUACCAGGAGCCUUCAGCAGGACUUUCCAGCUUAAAGUGGGUGACCUGGACCCAGAGAAUAUCUGCCUGAAAGGAGAAGCAUUCUUUCCUGUGAUCAGUGUGAACCUGCCCUGGAACAUCGAAGGAAAUGAAAAAUAUGAGAAGCUCAUAAAACCCCUGCAACAAUUCAGUCAGAGGAAUCAAUCAGUUGUUCAGAAGACUCAGAGUCCGAAGACUAAGGCCUUGAAGUUUCAGACUCCAAAGACUCAGACCCUGAAGACUCAGAACCUGAAGCCCCACGCACCUGGCUUUGGCACUGUACCAAACACUGAGCUGCAGAUAGAGACGGUGAUGAUGCUGAUAGAGGAGGCUGCCCUGGAGCUGCAGGAAAAGCUCCCAUCCCAUCCCCCAUACAGCAGGUUCCCUGACAAAAAGAUGCGCCAGAGUCUUGUCAAAGCUGGGAAUAGCCUGGACUUCAGACAGGAUGUGGUCCUGGUGGCUGUGACACUCUCCAUAGUUGAGCUGCCUGAAUAUGUGCUGGACAUGGGCACUGUACGUAAGGGUUACACUGAGAGACGCACUCUGGUGAUCACCAACCCUGGGCAGAUCCCAGUGUCCUUCCAGGUCGAUGUAUCUGCCCUGCAGGACACAGGUUUCAGAGUGAAUCUGGACCAGAUGCAGGGUCUGCCUCACAGACACACCAUAAUGUUUGAGGUGUGCUUUGAAAGCACCCGCCGGCCAUGGGGUGAUGUGGAUGUGCUGCUGCCCAUAGAGGUGGCAAAAGGCCCCACGUAUAACAUCCACCUCCAUGCCACUGUGUUGGGACUGUCGCUCAACCUCUCCAAGAACAUGCUGCAGUUCUCUGAUACCCUCGUUGGGCAGUGCCAGAUUGAGACAGUCCAGCUCUACAACUGGUUCCAAAUACCCUGCAAGUGGUUCAUUACUGCCAUCAAGCCUGUCAGGAAGGACAAUCAACGCAAACGCAUUAUACCAGCCAUGCGUCAGAAGCAGCAGGUGCUGGAGGAUGAGCCCUGUCCCUUUGAAGUGACGCCCUCCAAAGGAACCCUCAAUCCAGGAAGGUGGCAGAACUUACAAAUCCAGUUUGCACCCAAGCAGGAGAGGUCUUACAAGAAUGAGCUGAAGCUUAACAUUUGUGGAAGCAGCAAUCACUUAAAGCUGCACCUCUCAGGACAAGGUCUAGAGCCACGGUUGGAGUUUAGCCCCCCAGCACUCAAGAUGGGAUGGGUGCUGGUGGACAGUGAUGGGGUGGAUGCCACAGUGGUGGUGAAGAACCCAUGCAACUUCCCUGUUGAGUUUUACUCACUGGAUUUUGAUGAGCAGUACCUUGAGGAAGAGAAGAUCCUGUGGAUGGCAGCAGGGUCUGAGUACCAAAAGAACUUUCUAAUGCCUCCACGCACCGUGGGUGGGAUGCUGCCCCCAGAGGUGCUGGAGGACUGUGAAGCACAGAAGAGGCCGAAGGCUCAACAGGCAGAGCUCAAGGCCAUGGCAGAGGCCAAGGACAUGGCUGAGGCCAUAGACAAGGCAGCACCAGCAUAUCAUGGGGCUGUCACACCCUCUCCUGAGCCCAUGGUGGAAGUGACUGGGAGCCCUAUCUCUCAGGCUGUCAUGCGCCACCUGGGCAUCGACCCAUCUUCAGAGAGUUGUGAAGCACAGCAGGACAGAGGGAUUGUUGUUAUUGUCCAUGGGCCACCCCGGGCAGGUUCUUCCAAGGCCUGUCCCUGUAAUGCCUCGUAUGCAAGUGUCACCAAGCAGUCCUCCUCUCUCUCAGGAAAGACAGAGAUAGUGGUGGCCCUGUGUCACUAUUAUGACACUGCUCACUUGUCCAUUGACACCAUGGUGAAAGAGGCCAUCGCCAAUGAUCAGAGCCAAGCAGGGCGCCGCGCCCGGGAGCUUUGCACCAAGGCUGCCAUGGAGCUGAAAGGCGAAGACCAAGAUGAUGCUGGUAAAAAGCCUCUGCUUACUGCUCAGAGCAAGAACAAACAAGCCUCUGGAGAAAAAAACAACAUGAAGAAGAAGAAUCCCAAAGGCAAGAACCCUGCAGCACAAAAGAAGGAGCCAGCCAGCAAACCCAACAAAAAGGACACCAAGCAGCUGAACAUCAUCAGCAGUCAUGGGGAAGAGCUGAACUGCUUGAGCUGUGUGCUGCCCGAGGACCUGCUGGUGGACAUCCUCUGUGAGAGGCUGAAGCAUGAAGACUGCUCCAAGGGAGUGGUCUUUGAUGGCUUGGAGAGCCUCUUCACAAGCAGCCUGGAAUCUUCUCUGCUCUGUGUAUUCAAAGCUGUCAACAAUCGUCAUCAUAUCUACAUGGUGAACCUGCAUCAGGAUUAUGCUUCCUGGAAAGCCAAGGAGGAAGCUGAAAGAGAGAAGGAAGAAUGGCAGAGGAAAAAACCUAUUCAGAGGAGCACAGAAUAUGUCUUGCAAAUGGAUGAGGAUGAGGAUGAUGCCCUUCCUGAGAAGAAAGCUCUAGUGGACAAAAUAAUACCAGAAAGGAAGUGUAUACAGAGAGAGAGAAGUGUCUUUAAGUCUAUGAUGUUGAUUUACACCUUCUUCAUCAUCCCUCUUCUUCACCCAUACAGUGGGAUUGUGGUAUGGCCUUCAGCUGAAAACAAGCUUCACAAGACCAUAAAGCCUCAGGAGAAGGUGGAGAAGAAGCCUGAACAAAAAGGUGGAGGCCAAAGGAGUCUUCAGUCAUCACAGCUGGAGACACAAAGUGAAGUUGCAGAAGGGGCAGUCAGAGAUGAGCAUGUCGGGGUGUGGUGCUUGGACAUCCAGGUCACAGAUCCAAAGGCCAUGAUUAGGGAGAUCCUGAGGGAUGGGAGGAUGCCAACAAAAGAUGAGAUGCUGAGACAUCUGGGACUGCAUCCCGAAGGGCCUCCCCUGCCCCCUGCUGCUGUCUUCUCCAUAGUCAACUACCCAGAGGAGUGGUUGGGUUCUGCAGAGUGUGUGAAGCCCUUCACCAUUGUUGCACCGGAAGGUGCUGCUAUGGAAGACAAUCAGGCCAAGGCCCCAGAUGCCAAGGGCAGUUCUGCCGAGGGCCAACCAAAGACACAUAAAGCAGCCAGCAGAGACAACUCUCCAAAGGAGAACCAUAUCUCCACACACAGAACAGAAAGUCCCCAGGAUUCCUCUGCAACCAGAUCCAACAGUGUGCUGAAAAGAGCCUCAACCCCCACAGAAUUCCACAGGCUGAAACGGUACCGAUGGAUAGUGCCUGGCCACGGUGAGGUGGAACUGAAGGUCCACUUCUCCACCAAAAGGCCAGGGAAGUUUGAGCACACACUGAGGUUUGAGCUCGUGGAGACAAAGCGCCAGUACGAGCUGCCCUGCAGUGGCACGGGCGUGUACCCCAGCAUCAGCCAGAACCCGCGGCUGGUGUUUCCACAGUGGAGGGAGACCAUGGAGGCAGAUGAAAUCAUCUUCAAGGAAUAUGUUGAGAGCACAAAGCAAUUCCACUUUGGACCUCUGCUGUGUGGGAAAUCAAGAGAGUGGUACAAGGCCCGGAACUGUCCCGGCAACUCAGAGAAUUUAACCAUCCUCAACAACUCCCCUGUGGAUGCAGAGGUCCAGUUCUCCUUUGAGAAUGAUGGGAAAGCAGUGACAUUCCUUUUGGACCCUCCCAGCAUGACACUCAAACCAAAGGAGAAGCAGGAGCUGACCAUUUGGGCAUACCCCACUUCCCCUGGCUUCCUGGAAGACAAACUCAUCUGCUGCAUUGAGAAGAACCCAGACCCAGUGGUUUUCAGCCUGUGCUGCCAUGGGGUGCACGUGAUGCUGGAGGUCAGCCCCCUGGAGCUGUCUUUUGACAAGCUGCUUCUGCACAGGACUGACAGCAGGACCUUGGUCCUGAAAAACAACACCCUACUGCCCAUGGCCUGGCAGCUCACUGGGCUGGAUGACCUUGUUGAGGCCUUCUCCUUGUCACAAGAUAACGGCAUCAUUGAUCCCCACUCAGAGUUUGAAGUGACCCUGAAUUUCAAGGCCGAGCAGAUUGGCAGCAUUAAGAAGACCCUGCGACUAGAGGUUUCAGAUACAGGAAACAUCCUGGGGAUUGUUCAGGCUGAAGACAUUGAGAUCUCUGCAGAGGUCUGUGAUGUUUCUCUGAGUAUCGACAUGCCUGAAGGUCCAGAUGGAAGCUUGGAAUUUGGAACCAUUCAUGUCCUGGAAAAUGUGAAGAAAGUCCUGAGUCUAAAGAACAAAGGGAUGUACAACAUUGAGUACCGUUUUGUGCUGAAGAAUGCAGGUCCCAGGAUGCAAGAUUUGGCAUCCCACUUCACUAUUGAGCCUCAGUCGGGCAUGCUGAUUGCCUCCCAGCCUGGUGUGAAUGUUGAGAUGCUCUUCCACCCCACAAGGGAAAUGGUCGUCAAGAACAAACCCAUCCUGUACUGCCAGGUGACAGAUGCCAGCUCAGGGGAAGGAAGCCAGACUGUUGCCACCAUCCCAGUGAGGGUGUCGGCAAAAGCUGUGUACAGCAAGUACAGUAUUGAGCCUGCCUCACCCAUCAACUUUGGGGCCAUGCUCAAGGGCACCAAGAAGACCCAGACUGUCGUGCUAGAGAACAGAGGCAUGCUCAACUUCAAAUUCCACAUCCUCCAAGCACCCGAGGAUGCAUCUGCAUUGGAAAGCAAAAGCUCAAAGCAAGAGGAAUCCUCUCCAUCAGGAACAAAGCUGAAAUCAAGCUCCUUGACACAGGGUUACCUCAGUCUUGGCAUGUUCACGGUGUCCCCCUGCUCCGGCUCUGUUGCUCCAUGGGGCCAGCAGAAGAUCACAGUGGAAUGCCUCGCAGGGCAGGAGGGGACAUGUGAGGAGCAGCUCUACAUUGACAUCAUGGGCAGAGACCCCAAGGACAAUCCCGUGGGCAUUCCCUUUACCCUGAUUGCCGAAUCCUGCCUCCCAGCACUUGUUGAGGAUGUCAUGUUAACCUUUGAGGAGUACCCGAUCUGCAGCAGCACCAACCUCAGCUGCAAGCUGCGGUCAGUCAAAGGCACGGGUCUGUUUGUCAGAGAAGAGAACAAAUUUGUCUUCACCAAGGUUCUGGUUGGGCAAGAGGCUGAAGCUCAUUUCAGUGUCUACAAUACAAGUGGUCUGCCAUGUGACGUGGUCCUCUCCAACAAACCCCUGCCUGGAAAGGAAAAAAGCCCUAUCAAUAACAUUUUCAAGUUGUAUCCUGACAUGAUGUCCAUUCCUGGCUCAUCCAAUGCCGUUGCUACGGUGACCUUCACCCCACCAGAGAAGCAGAACUACAGCUGUACUUUCAAGGCUUCCCUUGUCAUCCCAAAAAGCUCUGUGCAAAUUAAGCCCCAAACCCUGACCUUCACCAUCAGUGGGAAGGGGCAUGAGCCACAGGUGACAGUCGUGUGCCCAAGUGCUCGCAGCAAGAGGGGAAAUGCUGUGCUGCGCUUCAAGAGACUCCGGGUGGGGGAUUCAGAGAUGCUCCCCCUGGUCAUCCAUAACAAUGGCAUCGUACCUGUCAAGUUUAUGUUACACCUGGAGGAUGAGCACGGAGCGUUCUUCUUGAAAGGCAGGGGCUCCACACUCGAGAGAUUCUACACUGAAGAUGUGGAAGAGGACUGCGUUGGAAAUGAGAGCAAGCCCCCAGAGAAGCCUUUCUUCUUUCUGCAUCAUGGGCAAUCAACAAAUAUUGACGUCAUUUUCAAACCCACCUUGACUCAACAUCUGGAAGGGAAGAUUUGUGUGUUACUGGAAGACAUCUACUCUAAGAAGACCCUAAUAGAGCUGGUGGGUGAAGGCCACAAGGAUGAAUUCACCCUUGAUGGACUAGAGGAAGACACAGAUGAGAGGAGAGCUAAGCGCAGUCUGAAGAAAGACAUUAUUGAUGCUGUCAGAUUGAAUCACAUCCAGUUUGGGGACUGUCCUGUCGGGAGGCCCUACCGCAGGACCUUCACCAUCACCAACCAUACCAGUAUGAAGGUCAUGCGCUUUGAGUGGGAGGCAGACGCCGCAUUCCAGUUCUCCCCCAAGAUGGGACACCUCCAUCCUGGCUAUGCCAAGGACAUCACAGUCACCUUGAAAUCAGAUGUUCCAGCCACCUUCAGGAGGCACCCUGUGAAAUGUAAGGUGAUCAAGACCAACUCUGAGCUACCACAAAGGAUGGUUCAGGAUUGGGAGGACCGAAUGUGCAUUGUCACAAUGGAGGAUACCACCAGGAAGGACAUGUCAGCCAGCUGGCCUGAGAAAGAGAAGAUGGUCCAGACAGCCCCAGAACCAGAACCAGCACCGGCUUACACUGUGGAUGAGAGCAUCCAGGAGGCCAAGGUGUACCUCAGUGCUGUUGUUGGCUACACUGAGUUCAAACGGAACCUGAUAGUGGUUCAGCUCAAGGAUACCUUGCCCAACCAGACAAGGAAAGACAUUUUCAGGAUACACAACACAGGAAAUAUAGCCCUGGAAUACAGCUGGAUGGAAGCUGCAGAUAGUAAAGCAGUGAAGAAACCAUACUCAACCACUCUGAUGCAUGACAUCAAAGACCUGCCACUGUUCUACAUCAACCCCUGCCACGGCAUCAUCCCUCCUGGCCAAAAGCAGAUCUUUCACGUGCUGUUCUCCCCAAAGCACGCGGGGAAGUUUAGGACCACCAUACUCUUCAGGACUCAUAAGCUGGAGCCGGCUCUGAAGAAGGUAGAGGUGAUUGUGAAAGGCAGAGCCCAGGAGCAGGAGAGUCUUGAUAAACCAAAACGCUCUGCGUUACGGCAGACAGACAAAGGCCAAGGACCCAAGAAGCAGGUGCACUGGAAACUAACACCUGAGUGA